GUUUUAUUUGAUGCGGGUGCAACCCAUUCUUUUGUGUCUACGUGUUUUGCUGCUAAGUUGGGUGUAACACCAACAAAUCUGAGUGAACCUUUAUCUGUUUCUACUCCCUUAUCUGACUGUGUGGUGGUGGAUGUUGUGUAUCCAUCGUGUCCCGUGGCUAUCCAUGGAAGGGACUUGCGUGCUGACUUAGUUGUUCUGGAUGUUCUUUCAUUUGACGUGAUUUUGGGGAUGGAUUGGCUGGCACGCCAUUAUGCUUCGAUCGACUGUCGAGGGAAGUCGGUUGAGUUUCGGAUUCCAGGUGAUCUACCCUUCUCUUUUCAAGGGGAAAAGGCAGAGACACCGAAGAAUCUAAUUUCUGCGAUCAAGGCAAAGCGGAUGAUGAGUAAGGGUUGUCAAGCCUUCUUAGCUGUGGUUCGAGACAUGGAUGUUGAGGUGGGCAGUAUGAACACUGUCCCUAUAGUGAAUGAGUUCACUGACGUUUUUCCAGAGGAGUUGCCUGGAUUACCACCUGAUCGGGAUAUCGAGUUCUGCAUUGACGUUGCUACCAUCAAGAACAGAUAUCCUCUUCCUCGCAUCGACGACUUGUUUGAUCAGUUACAGGGUGCGAAGUGCUUUUCCAAGAUUGACUUGAGAUCCGGGUAUCAUCAACUUCGGAUUCGGGACGUCGAUGUGCCUAAGACUGCUUUCAGAACGCGUUAUGGGCAUUUCGAGUUUCUAGUCAUGUCGUUUGGGUUGACUAACGCACCAGCAGCGUUUAUGGACAUGAUGAAUCGGGUUUUCAAGCCGUUUUUGGAUCAGUUUGUUAUCGUCUUCAUUGAUGACAUCCUGAUUUAUUCUCGGAGUGAGGCACCUUUGACUAAGCUGACACAGAAGGGUGUUAAGUUUGAGUGGACCGACAAGUGUGAGGCAAGUUUCAAGAAGCUGAAGGAGAUUCUGACUACAGCUCCUGUUUUGGCGUUGCCUUCUGGCAUAGAGGGUUUUACUGUGUACUGCGAUGCUUCUCAGAUUGGCUUAGGUUGCGUGUUGAUGCAACAUGGACAGGUGAUCGCCUAUGCUUCUCGUCAGCUGAAGAAGCAUGAGGUGAAUUACCCUACACAUGACUUGGAGUUAGCUGCUAGUUUGAAGUACAUCUUUGAUCAGCGAGAGUUGAAUCUGAGACAGAGGAGGUGGCUUGAGUUGCUGAAAGACUACGACUGUACUAUUCAGUACCAUCCUGGUAAGGCUAACGUGGUAGCCGAUGCGUUGAGUCGCAAGUCUUCGGGCAGUUUGGCCCAUAUUUCUGAGGUUGGACGUAGACCCAUGGUUAGGGAGUGGCAUGGUUUGAUAGCUUCGGGCUACGGUUUUCAGGUUUCUCAGAACGGGAGUUUGUUGGCACAACUGCAGGUGCAGCCGGUUUUGAUUGAUAGGAUUAAAGCUUUACAAGCUGAGGAUCCACAAUUGAAACGGAUUAUGGAUGAGAUCCAUCUGGAUGGGAAUUCCGAGUUUGUUUUUGUUGACGGAGUGAAGCUGGAACAUCAGAGACCUUUUGGCUAUCUGCAGCCACUACCUAUUCCAGAGUGGAAGUGGGAGCGGAUUGCCAUGGACUUUGUUGUUGGUUUACCACGUACUCGACAGGGGUACGAUUCCAUCUGGGUGAUAGUUGAUCGUAUGACCAAGUCAGCUCAUUUCCUUCCGAUCAAGGUUUCGUAUCCUGCUUCGAAGUUGGCUCAGUUGUACAUCGACAGGAUUGUCAGUUUGCAUGGUGUACCGGUUUCGAUUGUUUCUGAUAGAGGUUCUGUUUUCACUUCGAGGUUCUGGAAAGCGUUACAGGAGUCCUUGGGUUCUCGAUUGGACUUCAGUACAGCUUUUCAUCCUCAGACUGACGGUCAGUCUGAGAGGACUAUUCAAACUUUGGAGGAUAUGCUCAGGAUGUGCAUUCUUGAUUUUCAGGGUAGCUGGGAUACUCAUUUGCCGUUGAUUGAGUUUUCCUACAACAACAGUUACCAUGCGAGCAUUGAGAUGGCACCUUAUGAGGCUCUGUACGGACGCAAGUGUCGAUCUCCUAUCUGCUGGGAAGAGGUCGGCGAGCGGAAGUUGUCUGGUGCUGAGAUUAUUCAGAUUACCUCAGAGAAGGUACCGUUGAUAAAACGGAGGUUGGAGACAGCUUUUAGUCGGCAUAAGAGUUAUGCUGAUCCGAAGAGAAAAGACAUCGAGUUUCAGGUGGGAGACUUUGUGUUUCUUCGUGUUUCGCCUAUGAAAGGCGUGGUUCGUUUUGGUGUCAAGGGAAAGUUGGCACCUAGGUACAUUGGUCCUUAUGAGAUUUCAGAGAGGAUUGGAGCAGUGGCUUAUCGUCUGGUUCUGCCGCCAGACAUGUCGUUAGUGCAUCCUGUAUUUCAUGUUUCUAUGCUGAGAAAGUGCAUCUCAGAUCCUUCACAUGUGAUUGUGCCCCAGAGCGUUGAGAUUGACCAGGAGCUGUCCUAUGAGGAACAACCAGUUGAGAUUGUUGAUACGCAAGUGCGUAGGUUACGGAACAAGGAGAUUCCGAUGGUCAAAGUUCUGUGGCGAAAUCAUUCUGUUGAGGAGUGCACUUGGGAGACGGAGUCCGAUAUGCGGAAACGUUACCCUUUCCUCUUUCCUUGAGGUACGUGUAUCGUUGUUUAUGUGUUUUAGUUGAUUAUUUCUGUACUACGUUUGUUGUUAUGUUAUUUGUUUAUGUCUUUAAAUUCGAGGGCGAAUUUUUAAUAAGUUGGGGAGAAUGUAAUAUCCCGUAUUUUUAAAUUAUAUAUAUUUUUUAUUAUUAUUAUUUUAGUUAUAAAUUUUUGCAAUC